UUUUCAUUAGUUGCUCACUCAAUAAUGAGUAUAUAAACAGUAUAGGUACUUAUUUCAACAAUUAUUUCAGGGAAACGUUGUGAAUACUUGACAAGUCUCAGUUUUAUCCAUAACACGUCAUAUGUAGAACUGGAACCCCUGAGAACAAAACCUGAAGCCAAUGUUACUAUAGUUUUUGCAACAACCCAAGAAAAUGGUGUAUUAAUGUACGAUGGACAUCAAGAACAUUUAGCUGUUGAGUUAUUCAAUGGAAGGAUUAGAGUGAGUUAUGAUAUUGGAAACUACCCUGUUUCAACCAUGUACAGUUUUGAAAUGGUCUCUGACGGGCAGUAUCACAUUGCUGAAUUAAUUGCAGUCAAGAAAAAUUUUACUUUACGUGUAGAUAGAGGAUUGGCAAGGAGCAUAAUCAACGAAGGAUCUAAGGAAUACUUGAGGUUGACAACUCCCAUGUAUUUGGGAGGUAUUCCUCCGGAACCUGGUCUAGAGGCUUUCACACAAUGGCAUUUGCGAAACUUGACUAGUUUUUAUGGUAAGUGUCAAUAUACGUGGUUAUUCAUUAAAAAAGACAAAAACAUUGUUCUUCAAAUGGAGAGAAUGAAACUUCAUUGUAUAAGUUUUUCAAUACUCUAUCCACUACUGGUUUAUUUUUUUAUUUCAGACCAAGCGAUACUGUUUUAUUACCAGUUUUAUAUAAUUUUUAUAUUUGUG